AUGCGCUCCAUCGCCAUUGUCUUGUCCACCUUGGUGGCUGCCGCUGCUGCUAGCAACAAUUACACCUUCCCCGCGGGCUUCAACCUCGCCCACGUUAGCUCUACUGACAAAGCUGCUUGGUGUCUGGCUGAGCGGAACAGCUGCCCGAGUAUCUGUGAUGGAAUCGCCGAUAGCAACUCAUGUGAUUCCACCACUCUUCAAUUCUCUUGCGUUUGCAGCAACGGUACCGAGGCCGAUGUGUCCCCGUACAUGCAGACCAUCCCCUUCUUUGUCUGCCAGGAAACCUACAAGCAGUGCAUCGCGGCCUCCUCGACUCAGGAUCAGGAUGAAAAGUGUACUGCUGCCCAGAAAGAGUGCGGUACACUGAAUGCGACGGCCUCUUCUACCUCCUCAUCGACCACUACCUCUUCCGCUCUUUCCACCGCCACGGCGAGCGCGACCGGGAACCAGGCUGGGUCGACUGCCACGGCCACCACUACUACUAGUAGCAGUGCUACCGCUAAGGCGAGCAAUGCUGCCAUUCGCCUGGUUGGAGAGCACGCCACUGGUGUGUUGGCUACCGUGCUCUUCUUUGCGGCUCGUCUCCUGCUGUAA